UUCCUUUUCCUUUUUCUUUUAUCUUCGCUUCACAAGUAGUUAUCACUUAAAAGCCUGUUAUAUGUUCUAUUAUCUUCAUGUCCAAGCCUCCAUUAAUUAGCCUCCUCCCCACGAUUUCUCUCAUUAUUCAUCUUCUUUUUUCUUCCCUUUCCGUCCAUUUUUCGACCAAUCUUUUUGCUUCAAUACUACUCCUCUCCUACUAUUUAACGUCCUCCUCUUAAUAUUCUACCUUCCAACCAUUUUGUGUUCAAAUUUUAGUACUAUUGUCAGUUGGGGUUUUUAUUCUGGUCUUUAUUUGUUAGGUUUGGAAUUUUUAAAAAAAAAUUGUCAGUGCAGUCUUUAUGACCUAGUGUCCUGUUCAAUUCAUUUUGUUAACUUAAUUGCAUUCAAUUACAAUGGCAAUUGAGCUGUGUUCAUCUGAUGAAUCAUCUAUAAUGAGUCCAGCUCGGAUCUCCUUCGAUAUUUCACAGACAGAUUAUGUUCCUGUUGAGCAACACAUUCGAUCAACUUCAUCUUCCUCUAGUAUUGAUUUUGAUUUUUGCGUUUUUCGCGAAAGCUUUGAUCUUGAAUCUUCGUCAGCUGAUGAGCUUUUCUUUGAUGGAAAGAUUUUACCCAUUGAAAUCAAGAGAAGAAUUUCCUCUGCCCCAUUCAAAAAAAUAGAUCAACGUCCAAUGUCACCACCCCCUCCUCUGCCUCCAUGCAAGAAUAAUAGUAACCCUAACACUAGCAAUAUUCUUGAUAAUGGCAAAAUCAGCUCCAAUUCGAAGAAUGAAGAUAAAGCAGGGUUUCUUGAAUCAAUAGAUGAAAAGCAGAGUUCAAAGUCAUUUUGGAGAUUCAAGAGAAGUAGUAGCUUAAAUUGUGGGAAUGGUUAUGCAAGAACUUUAUGUCCAUUGCCACUUUUAUCAAGAAGCAAUUCAACUGGUUCAACUCCAAGUGUGAAGCGUAAUUCGUCGUCAUCAAAGGAUAAUUUAAGUCACAAGCAGCAAUCUCAGAGACACUUUCCAAAAUCAGUGUCAUCUAAUAAUGGUCAUAAUUGUCAAAAGCCUCCAUUGAAGAAAGUUUCACACAACAAUAAUGGAGUUAAAUUCAGUCCAGUACUAAAUGUCCCUUCAGCAAGUUUGUUUGGUUUAAGUUCAUUCUUUUCAAGUGGAAAGGAAAAGAACAAGAAGAAGUGAUUAAUUAAUGGACAUGAUUGCUUUAUUAGUUUCCAAAAUAAGAAAGGUUUGAUCAAGUUUGUUUUGUUACUUUUUUCCUUAGAUUUAACAUGAUUGAGAAUUGACAAGAAAAAAGUGUGGAGAGAAAGGAUAAGUACUGGGGCCAAAAGUAUGGAACAUAAUUCAUUCCAUACCACAUGCUUUUUUUUUCUUUUUCUUUGGGGGUUGUGGGUGACAAGAAACAGGUAAUAUUUGCUAUCAAAGGGCCUGUCCCAUUAUAUGCUUUAAUUUGUUUUAGUGCUUUUGGUUGCCUACA